CAAAACAAAAUCCAGCGCUGAAGGCUAAAUAAGCGCAUAUGUCAUAUCGCAUAUGUCAUAUUUCGAGAUUUCUUUUCCAUAGGUACUGUAUGUAACAGCACUAUAACUAGCUGGACUAUUAUUCCGUCAAGUUCCAGUUGACUAUCUAUGCAUACGACUAAGCUAAUGUUAAUUUUACGUCUUAUAGGUUGUAACUUUGAUUAUGGAUUGUGUUCUAACUGGUCACAAAAUUAUUACCACGAUGACUUUAACUGGACUAACAAGUACGGUUCGACACCUUCCUACAACACCGGGCCUUUCUCUGACCACACCGGAUACGGUUACUACAUGUAUAUCGAAACGUCAGCACCUCGACAAUAUGGGGAAAACGCCAAACUGGAAUUUUCAGUGUCGAGCUCUGACAUUGGGAAGUUGUCCUGCCUGAGGUUUUAUUAUCACAUGUAUGGGGAAACAAUAAACACACUCAAUGUCUACAAUGGCAAUACGGAAAUCUUUACUAAAUCGGGGAACCAAGGAAAUGUAUGGUUGUUUGCGAAAGUUACCGUGACUUUACAAAGCGAAAUUACGUUCGAGGGGAUUUGUGGAUACUCCUUCACAGGCGACAUUGCUAUUGAUGACGUAUCCAUUGUCGAUGGAAUCUGUCAAGGUACAUCUCGAAUUGUUGUCAGUUGUUUACCUUGGCUGUCUACAUCGGCAUCAUUUAUCAAUGCAUCGUUGUUCCUUUUUUGGAUCCGCAAGCCGAUGGCCGAGUGA